GCAGUCAAGAAUAGCUCGCAAGUGCUGGUGGUCUGUCGAAACAAUCGCAAGCUAUUGGCCCGAGUCAAAGCUUUCGAUCGGCAUUGUAAUAUGGUGUUGGAGAAUGUGAAGGAGAUGUGGACAGAAACUCCACAAACCGGAAAAGGAAUCAAAAAGGCAAAGCCAGUGAACAAGGAUCGUUUCAUUUCCAAAAUGUUUUUACGAGGAGAUUCAGGUAUAUACUGA